GAUGAUGGUGAAACUCCGGAGGCCCUGACUGUAUAUGAUUGGAUCUUCACAAGCAACCGACCAUUGCAACCAGCAGACAUGAGACGCCCCGGUCAACUCAGAGAACCAGCGGUGGAAAGGAAGACUCCAAAAGAACCGGGUUCUGAGUUGAUAGAUCCAGAGUUAUUGACUGUUUACUUCACCGAAUUGGAAAAGACUCCCGAAAUGCGACGUUUCCUGAGAACGUUUUCACCUGAACCAGAAGAUUUGUCUGUUAAAUUGCGUGGGUUCAUGGCAUCGAUGAAUUUUGAGAGGCCCAAUUACGCCCCGAAGGUUCACGGAAAAUUCGUUUCUCUGAAUAAAUUCAAAAGUUCCAUCAAGUUCUUCACUGAUGAAAUCAAGCCUACAGAAAAACCCAGAGGAUUAGACGCACCACCUGAUUUUACAUGGUCUCAGUUCGACCUUGACUUUUUCACACCAAAAUCAGAAUCCGGAACUGAAAAUCCACCGAAAUUGCCCGAAGACUUAAGCUACCCCAGAAAACAUCCUGAUGAUUCAUUGAUCACGAAACAAACUAUUGAACUUCAAUUUGAAAGAAUACUCCGAACUACAACAACAACUUACUCAGUAACUUUUUUCGACAUUCCUGAAAAAAUAUAUCCAGAAAUUGGUAAAAGGAGUGAAAUUGUGCAACCACUGGUAGAUCCCAGAACACCACAGGAUCCAGAAUUGGAGAAAUUGAGGCCUCAUUUCGACAAAGUGAUCUCCUUCAAGGUCCUGACCAAACCAUUGAUUCCUAAACGUGAUGUUGUUAUUCCUAAAAACUUAUAUAAGAAGUUGAUGACCAUGCCGAAAGAAAACGUUGACAAGAUCAUGACACCGAAAGAGUUCAGCCCUUUCUUGAAAGAACUUGACUCCGAAUUCAAAAAAGAAGAACCGGAGAAUAUUCUUGAACAGUAUCCUUUGAAAUAUUCUUUCAAUUACAUCACUCAAAGCACAGACUUUUAUGUUCUUCAUCAUCCUAAAAUUUCAACUUUCAAAGGAUCUUUGGUCACUGAUUAUGAGUUUGGCAAAGUCGUCGAAUGCGAAGCGAAAUGGGCAAGACCAAUGGAACUGACAGUUCAAAGUCGCAAAACCAGAGUAGCCAAGUCUAUACCAAGCCGCAAACCGAAGCGACAUACAGUUAAAGUGACUGAAGUUUCAGUAGCACUGGCAUCGAUAGCCAAAGAGCCAGAGCCAUUGCUUGAGUUCCAAACCAGUGAACCGGAGUUUGCAAUGAUACUGGACACCGAGAAUCAAUUGCAAUCAGAAGCGCCUGGAUUUGGCUUGCCAGAUUUCUACGAUGGAUUUGGCGUUGAGAAAACAUUGAUCGGAUCUCUUAGAGUGGAUCCAUUGGAAAAAACAAAACCGAAAGCUGAAAACGCAAAACUGAUCAAAAUAAAACCCGAUCUGAACUCAGCAACUGUUCACGUCUCUAAAUUGAUUUCCAAGCAGAAAAAUUCCGACGAAGAAUUCAACGAGAGAACAGUGCCCAUUCAAGGUUCGAGAAUACGUGAACAGGCCUUCGGAGAUCAUGUGAAACCAGCAGUAGCAAAGAACCAAGUUAUCACUACUGAAAUCUACCAGGGUUCCGGUUGGUUGGCUGAGGAAAAACCCAACUUGAGGUGCGAAGAGAUUCUCCCCGCAAUUGAAGAAUACCCAUUUUACGAGACAAUACCUGAGUCGGGUUUGUGUUCAGCACCAAUCAAUUUGUUCAAUGAUGAAAGCCGAAUUGCGGUUCCUUUUGAGGCGACGUUGAAGCUGGAGGAAACAAUGCCACUUCACCUUAUGGUCGAUGAAUACACAUUUGCGAUGUUGAUUGAAGAAACAAGACCAGUUGAAAAUGCUCCUGUGAUUCCUUUUGAUGACCUUGCCAAAGAUUGCUUCGUAGAACCCAAAGAGUUUGGAUUUACAUGGAUAAAGCCUGAAACUUUCAAACCCGAAAAAGAACCAGUUAGGGUUAGUUUGGUUCAUCAGAAACCGGUCGACCUUCAUUGCAGACGUUAUGAAAUAUCAACCCGGGCUAGAAAUGCAGACAAUCAGGAACACCUGCUAAGCGCUAUUCCAGUCACACCAAAACAGAAGAUCGUCGAACAUUGCAAAGAGGUGUUAUAUAAACCCGCAAAUCUGAACGAAGUUUCAGUGAGAGAAAUAACACUUCAAGGUAUUACAAUAGUAGAUCAAAUGAGUGAAGUCACCUUUAAAGACGAACCAUUCACCGUAGCUCCAACAUACGCAACACAGAGCGACCUUGAAAUGCCUGGAUAUGGUCCGAAAGAUUUCAGCGUCCAUUUGUUCAGCAUCUUCAGAGCCAACGCACGUCCCGAGGAGUUCUCGCGAUGCAAGACAGUCCAGAUACCCACGGAUAAAUUUGCUAGUUUGGACGAAGAUGCUUAUGCGUUUGAAGAGGAAACGGAUGCAACGUUGCAGACAAAUCCUGGAAUCUUCAAGCCUCAGAUCUACGGAAUCGACGAUGAUGAUUGGUGGGAGGGAUACGACAAACAACUCAAAAUCAUUCAGUUGAAGGAAAACGAAGUUUCAGGCGGCAAUUCGCUUUCCAGGAAUUGUCCUGUUCGUGGAAAUAGGAACGAGAGGCUGAAGUGGUUGUGGAAAAAGGCGACUCUGAGAAUCAAGACUAUAAGUGCUUUCAAAAAACCGAUCACGAAGGGUAUGCUGAUGUACAUGGAGAAAACUUUCUACGACAUGGGUUUCGACUCUCCUUCCAAGGGUGGCUGGGACAGUGUCGACUCCGCCUCUGGCUCCUCCGAGCCCCAACUGGACCCCAGUCGUCCCCCCUCGGAGCCGAUGUUCCUGGUGAAGCCGACAGACGACAUCUUCUUCACUGGGAAGACUAUACGAGUGGAGGUUGAAGUGUCAGGAAAUCCGAGGCCGACUGUCUCCUGGUUAAAGGAAAAACUAACUAUUGUGGAGAAUGAGAGGAUAACAUUUGGCCGUGAUGACUCAUCGAACAGACACUGGAUGGUGAUCAGAGAUGCGAGUGUGACUGACGAGGCUUCUUAUUGCGUCACUCUCUCCAGUUCCAUCUCGCCACUACCCACUCAGUGCUCAUUCGACCUCAUGGCUGUAGAUGAAGGUCUGACGCAGAUGGUGAAAGAGAGCAGACAGAUAUCGCGUGCCUCUCUCUCCAGGGCCUCCAUGUCCAGGUCAGACAUACCUGGAAGCAGGAUGGGACUACAGUCUGGAGGAACCUCGAGGGCAGACGACACUCUCAUUGAGGAAGAGGAUCUGGGAGAACCGCGAGCUCCUGAGUUUGACGAUGAGCUGAAUGACAUGUCGGUCAAAGUGGGCAAGAACUGUAAGAUGGGCUGCGAGGUGUCCGGAAACCCAAUCCCAGUGGUUUCGUGGAGAAAAGAUGGCAGGCCAAUCAAAGCGGGUGGCCGAAUCACCAUUCAGCAUAAAUCAGACGGAGAGUGUUCACUGAGGAUAUCAAAGGUGACAAGGGAAGAUCAGGGAGACUACAUCUGUGAGGCGACGAACAAGUUCGGCAAACUGAUCACCGAGGCCAGACUCACAGUCAAGUCGUGAACGGAAAUAAAAUAGAGAAAUUGAAGGAAAAAAAAACAUCAUCUUUAGCCAAAAAACUGUUCAAAAUUUAAACAAAGUCAAGGUCAAAUCACAUGGCCAAUCUACUACUGUAGGAUGAUUUCUUGUAAAAAUGAUGUAAAAAGUUUGAAAGCAACCAAGCAAGCUGGUCAAAUCACGAGGUCAAUCUAUCAUUGUCGGGUGAUUUCAUGUAAAAAAUUGUGUAUAAAUUUGAAAGCAACCAAGUAUCUUGUACAUACAUUUAAAAAAUACGAACGGUAAUUCAUGGUAU